AUGCCUUUCUUCAACAAAAUCCUCAAACUCGCCAACGGCGCGAAGGGAAACUCCCCAUCAUCCGACAAACCCAAAGCCAAACACGCUAAGAGUAAAGAUCAUCAACAUGAAGCCCUUCCAGCUCGAAAGGAUUACUUGAUGUCUUCUUCCGAAGAUUCGUUUGAGAUCAUCGAAAUUCCAGAACAUACUACCGCGAUCAAGAGGAAACGAAGCCUUUCUCCUCGAGUCGUCAGCCACGAUGACGGCACCAAGGCGAAACGAAGCCUUUCUCCCCAAGUCGUCAGCCACGAUGAAGCAAGUCAGCAAAUCGAAACCACACAACCCAAGACUGGAGAAGACCCCGGAGUUUCCCUCUUUCGAAAGGCUGCGGGAGAGCUGAGAUCGCAAGUCUUGACGAGUCCGUAUGUCUUACGACCGGAUUGUGUACGAUCCCAUGGGAAGGGGAAAGGCAAAGCGCAUUCGAGAUCUGAGGUGGUGUGUCGCAAGGGGCGGUGUGAGGGGAAGGGAGAAGUGAUAUGUCGGGAGUAG